UAUGCGUAAAAUUUAUCAGAAAAUUGAUUGCUGAUAUGAGCUCUGAAGAGUUGUCUAAAAUGGAAAAAGUUGAUGCCAAAUUCAAGGAUAUGUGUAGAUCAUCAAAAGGAAAAGAUAAUACACUGUGUUAUUAUGUUGGUGGGCUUGAAACGUCUGCCACUUAUAUUGUAAAUGAGUUAACCAGACCCUUAUCGUGGGGCAUGCCGGCGGAAAAGGUUUGUGAAAAACUAAAAAGAGUUAUUGAUCUCAAAACAUUAAACUUUGCAAAAGCCAAAGUCAAAGAACUCAAAAUUAUUCUUGAAGGUUGGGGUGAGAGCUGCAAGGGCUGUGUAGAAAAAUCAGAUUUCAUCAGGCUUAUCAAAGAACGCAUGCCUGCUCAUGAUCCUGAGGCAUACAGGCAACUUUUCGCCACCGAGCUUUAA